UUUGUUUAUUUUUGGUUUAAUUACAUUACAGUUAAAUAAUUAGGUACUUCAAUUGUUGCUGCUUAGCGUACGUUUAAUUUAGAAAUUUUACGUGGUUAUAAUACUUGCUACUAGACGGUGUGGCAAGGAAAACUUGAAGUGCAAAAAGUUUACCGGCGGCGGCGUUAAGAAAUGACGACAUUUGAAAAUCUUUCGUCUCAUCAAAAACUUCGUGCAACGGUUCAUCGAGAUACGAAGUCAAUUUGUUCAGAAACAUGCCACCUACUUGGUUUAGAAAUAACGAAGCCUGCGAUGGAAGUUAUUGCUGAACUGGUGUACAAGAAAAUAUCUGUUUAUGGAGCAGAUUUAGAGGCUUUUGCUAAGCAUGCAAAACGACAAACCAUUAAUGCUGAUGAUGUUAAACUACUAGUUCGGAGGAACCCGACUGUGUUGGCCCAUAUAUCGGAGCUGGCCGGAAACACAAGUUCCAAAGAAAAAAGAAGAAAAACAAGCACACCCGUUGCUAAGCAACGCGAGACGCCGGCGCCAAAAUGGAAAGAAAAAGAUAUAGAAAAGUCGCCAGUCGUCUUCCGACCUCCGGAGAGGAAGGAUGUGGAAGCGGAGCCAGGCAUGGAGCUCGAUGUCGACAAUAUGAUAGAUCUCACGUUCGAGUAAAGAAAUUUCAAUAAAUGAUGUUAUUCGGUA